UGGCGGGCCCUGGCCGCCGACCUCCGCGAGUGGAGACCUGCCGUGAUGAUUGCUGCCCUUGACUGCGCCGACGAGGCCAACCAGCAGGUGUGCAUGGACUUCGGCAUCACCGGAUUCCCCACGCUCAAAUUUUUUAGAGCUUUUUCCAAGAAGGCAGAAGAUGGGAUAAGGAUUUCUAAUCCCAGUACCGCGGUACGGGACCUGAGGCACAGCAUCAUCACCAACCUGGAGCAGAGCCACGAUGCCUGGCCGCCCGCCUGUCCUCCGCUGGAGCCGGCAAGCACGGAUGAGGUUCGCAGCUUCUUCCAGAGAAACAAUGUCAAGUACCUGACGCUGAUCUUCGAGGAGAGCAAUUCCUUUGUGGGCAGAGAGGUGACGCUGGACAUGCUGCAGUACGAGAACAUCGCUGUGCGGAGGGUGCUGAGCAGCGAGGAGGAGCUUGUGAGGAAGUUUGGGGUGACCUCCUUCCCUUCCGCCUACCUGCUCCUCAGCAACGGCUCCUUCUCCCGCCUGCCCGUGCACAUGGAGGCACGCUCCUUCUACACCUACUACUUGAGGAUGCUCCCUGGCGUGACCCGGGGCUCUUACAAGCUGAAUGUGACUUCCAGUGCUUCCAACCUGACAACCACAGCCCUUUUGAAGCAUGCUGACCGCUCCAAGGUGUACAUGGCCGACCUGGAGUCUGCGCUCCACUACUCGCUGCGGGUGGAGGUCACCCGGACCCGAGUCCUGUCGGGAGCUGCCCUGUCAGCCUUGAAGUGCUACGUGGCGCUGCUGGCUAAGUACUUCCCCGGCCGCCCUUUCGUCCAGACCUACCUGCAGGGCCUGGACAGCUGGCUGAGGAACUGGACGGAGCCCGAGCUGCCUCGUGAUGUCCUGAAGGAGGCCAUGAAGAACAAGGCAGACGCCUCCCACCCGGCCAUGCUGCCCACCAACGUGACCUGGGUGGGCUGCCAGGGCAGCGAGCCCCACUUCCGAGGCUACCCCUGCUCUCUCUGGACCCUCUUCCACCUGCUCACGCUCCAGGCCUUCCAGAGCGGCCCAGACAAAGAGCUGCCACUGGAGGUGCUGAGCACCAUGCGCUGCUACGUCAGGAACUUCUUCGGGUGCCAGGAAUGCGCCCAGCACUUUGAGGCCAUGGCUGCCGAGUCCAUGGACAAGGUGCAGGGCCGGCAGGAGGCCGUCUUCUGGCUCUGGUCGCACCACAACGAGGUGAACGCGCGGCUGGCCGGUAGUGACACAGAGGACCCCAAGUUCCCCAAGCUGCAGUGGCCGCCGCCGGACAUGUGUCCCCUGUGCCACAAGGAGGAGAGCGGGCUGCAUGCGUGGGACGAGCCGGCCGUGCUGCGCUUCCUCGAGGCCCACUUCUCCCCGGGCAACAUCGACCCGGGCUACACCGAGCCCGACACGGAGCUCCUGGCCAGGGAGAGGGCCACAGUGGCAGCCAACGUGGGGCUCAGCGCCAACCAGCCCAUAGAAAGAGAUGGAGAGCGGGAGAGGGACAAAGAGGACAAAGACAAGGAGGAGGAAGGCAAAGAGGAGGAGAAGCCGCCAGAGGAAGGUGUGGAAGGGGAGAUGGGAGCUCGGGAGCGGCCGGGCUCCUCUGAGCUGCGCCGGCCCAGCAUCGUGCGGCUGAGCGGCAGGGCGCGCGAGGCGCAGGACGACAUCGUGGACCUGGACUCCUUCAGCGAGCAGCACUUCAAGAGCAAGGCGCUGCGGGCGGCCGGCAGGCGCCGGCGCCUCAGCAAGCGCGACACCCUCCCCCUGCACGUGGCGGCUGGCGGCCCGCGCGACUUCGACUACGCGGUGGGCUGGGAGCGCCCCCGCCACGGCGGCCUGGGCGCCUGGCGCCGCCCCGAGGAGGCCGCGGUGGGCGAGGGCCUGCGCCGCAGCCCCUGGUUCCGCGUGCUGGGCCUCGGCUUCUCCCGCGUGGACGUCAGCCUGUGCAUCGUGCUCUACUUCCUCUCCUCCAUGUGCCUGCUGGGCAUGUACACCUUCUUCCGGCUCCGCAUGCGCUCCCGCAAGGGCCGCCCGGGCUUCCCCACGGCCUGAGCCCAAGUGGGGAGCCGGCAGCCGGUGCCUGUGCCCCCGGGCAGCCUCUGCCCAGGGGCCACGUGCUGCUGGGGUGGCAGCAAGGCCGGCUCUGUGGUGGGGCAGGAGAGGAAGGAUUUGCUGCUUCCCCACCGGGAGCUGCCCUGCUCUUGCAGCCGCCUUGCGCUGGGGUUUGGCUCCUGUUUCGGGCAGCACGGAAGGGGAGCUGGGUUGGUGUGCAGGGGCUGGGCUCCGUUCUCAUUUCCCAAGGCAGAGCAGGACAAGAAGUCAGUGGCAGCAGCCAGCCAAGGAAGAGGCUGCGGAAAAGACACCGCAUUCGCUCCCGUGUUCCCUGGGCUCAAUCCUGGGCUACAGGAACGUGGCGGGGUCUCGCAUUGAGAUGACCAAGGGUGAUAGAAGUGCAGCGCUGACCAAGGCCAGGUCUCCCCUGGCUGCAGGUGUCCAGGCCCCCGGCUUUGCUCCAUGCUCGCUCCUCCUCCCCUCUGCACAGCCAAACCUUGCAGCCGUGGGGCUGCAUUGGGGUUUCUCCCCCCGCCUCAUGUUCCUCCGCUCUCCCAGCUGGCUGUGGCGGGGGCCGGAGCUUGGCCCCCCAGCCCUGCACUCACCUGCCUGCCCGUGCUCUCGCUCUCUCUUGCC